UCAAGCGAGUAAGGGGCAGGACGCAGGCAAAAGAGAGAGAGAAAAACAGAAAGAGAGAGAGACAGAGGGAGAGCUAGAACAGGAUAUUUUGUCACCAUGGUUACCGUCAUAAGAUACCAAUCUUGAUUACUCUGUGUCAUGUUAUUUUUCACCCAGGGCAGCGCGGCGGCGGCAAUUCACUCAGGGCAGCUCUAAUGAUUGAGAAACUUUCAGCAAAAAGUUGAACGCCUGUUGAAUCAAUGUGACUUCACAUCUGAAGAGCAACAUAUUCCAUCUGUGAGAUUCUCACCUAAAUAAAAUUAAGAUGGCUCUGACCACAGACUCCAACAGUACCAGCAACUGUAGCACCCUGUACGAUCAUCGAAAGUAUGCCAGCGUCCUCAUGCCUCUUUUCUACAGCAUUGUGUUCUUUGUAGGACUGUUUGGGAACUGCCUUGCCCUCCAUGUCAUCCGUCCCAAUCUGAAGAAGAUAAACUCCACCACCCUGUACUCUCUCAACCUGGUCAUAUCCGACAUCCUCUUCACCCUCUCUCUGCCUCUGAGGAUUGUCUACUAUGCUUUCGGUUUCCACUGGCCUAUGACAGAGGCUCUCUGUAAGAUCUCAGGCCUUAUCUUCUACAUCAACACCUAUGCUGGAGUCAACUUCAUGACCUGCCUCAGCAUUGACCGUUUCAUCGCUGUGGUCUUGCCUCUGCGUUUUGCUCGACUCAGGAAAGUCAGUAAUGUGCGCUACAUUUGUGUUGGUGUGUGGCUGCUGGUCCUGGCCCAAACUCUCCCCCUGCUUACCAUGAAAAUGACCAACCAAGAACCGGAUGGCUACAUCACCUGCAUGGAAUACCCCAACCUUGAUCACGUUCCACAUAUUGCCACUAUACUGAUUGGUGCAGUUUUCCUGGGUUAUGUUAUCCCUUUGGUCACGAUCCUGGUGUCUUAUUCUGUCUUGUGCUCCAAGCUCCACUUAACAGCAAAAACCAACCAUCUAACAGAAAAGUCCGGCAGGAGCCGCAAGGCCAUUGGAGUGAUUUGCUGCGUGUCCAUGGUGUUUAUCGUCUGCUUCAGCCCCUAUCACAUCGACCUCCUGCAGUACAUGAUCCGCAAGCUGGUGUCGAAACCCGACUGCAGCCACCUCACAGCCUUUCAGGUGUCGCUGCACAUCACUGUGUGUCUGAUGAACCUCAACUCCUGCUUGGAUCCAUUUAUCUAUUUCUUUGCCUGUAAGGGCUACAAGAGAAAGCUCCUGAAACUCCUGAAGAUGCAGGUCAGCAUGUCUUUCUCCAGUGCAGUGAGGAUGUCACCUGAAGGUUCAUCCAAGGACUUUCUUGAUGGUAACAAGAUCCAACUCAACAGCUCAACUAUGGGUACAGUCACAGAACAGAAGCGACGAUCCCAAUAUCAAGACUAAUCUGAAGAAUUAAGCCACGGAAAAUUGCACACAAUAAGAGGAACCUUUUUUUUAAAUUUUUCUCAGGGUUGUUUUUUUCACAGAUAGUUCCUCAAAUAAACAGGUUGACGUUUACAUCAUAAAGAAUGAGUUCUCAAAGAACAUUUACAAAAUAGCUGAGACUUUGAGAAAGAAUCUGUUGCAGAGCAAACACGGAGAAUGGGAGGAAGCCACAGUACCCAGAGAGAACCCACACAGGCACAGGGAGAACACGACACAGAAAGGCCCCAGCCUGGAUUUGAACCAGGGCCUCCUUGCUGUGAGGCAAUGUUGCUAACAACCAUUUAGAUAUUUCCUCCUUAAUUUUAGCGAACUGUUCAUGAAAGCAGAGCUUAUUGCAGCUACAUAAAGAACAUGUUUUUUCUAGAGAAGCAUGCACGUAUCCUGCAUGUGGAGCCUGCUGGAGGUUGACAGUCGAAUGAGCAUCAAACGUAACUUCAGCUUGCAGUGAAAAAAAUAGUGAAUGUCUAAGAAGUAUGAGAGGAAUUAAAGUCCAGCAAACUGCACUAUGACUUGGAACAACAUUUUCAAAAAGGAUUUUCCGACUGAGCGGCAACCUCGGGUCAGAUCUGACCCUCACAGUGAUGCUUCUAUGAACUGAAAAGUAUGGCACAAAUUGAUGUCUUACAAGUUUCAUACUCAAACAGAAUCAUACUUCAAGUGUAAAUUUCCCCCCCAAGUUUCAGUUCAGCUUUCAGGUGUGAUAGUUCAGGGAAAUUUGUUACAACGGUCUGCCAGCCUUAAAUGUUUGCAGAAGUGCCAUAUUUAAUAUUUGUCUGUUUGGAUGAUGAUGUAUUUUUAUUCAGUAACUUGUAGAUGGAGCUGCUUUUGUGGGGGUUUUUUUAUUUAAAGACAUUUGUAAUGAUAGUCACACAUAAUAAUAUCGUUAUUACUUUAAUUGUUCUGGAUAUGUUUAGAUAGUCAUUGUUUUCUGUCUGCGCAACAGUUUUGAGUACGUUCCAUCAGCAAUUUCGUAUGUGUCUUGUUGGAGUUGAUGGUCUAUAAUUUUAGGUUUUAGCCCUCUGUAACUGCACAUGUGUGGACCGCAUGCAUCAGUUACCACACAGAAAGGCCAUGGGGGCAGCAGUCACAAAGCUGUAUGCCACUUCCAGCCUAAUAUUUAAAAAAAAAAAAGGAUGCUAGAAACACACUGCGCUGCCUGAAAAUCUAAAGAGAUACGGCUGAAAUCAUUCCACUGUGGGGCUCACUGUGGCUUUCCACUUCUCCCCCACUUUCCCAUCAUGCCUCUCAGUUUCUGUCACAAGCAGCUAGUUAUAAAAACUAUGUAGCUUUGAGAGAUUUGAGAUAUCCAUCUCAAAGUCCCAGUACUGCAGUACUCUCCAAAAAAAAAAAAAAAAACAAACAAAAAAACUGGAGGAUUAGAAAUGUCUAAAUGCAGCCAGUGGAAUAAGGGUCUAGAACCAUUAUCAAAUAUCUCUGACUGGAAUUACAUGAAGAGACAGUAGCUACUGAGAAAACCUAAAUCUGCAGAAAACUGUAGCAAUGUGAUAAAAUGCUGAUAUGCUUUUCUUUUUUCUUUUUAUUGCAUUUUGUGUGACUAUAAUUGGUGAAUAAAAACUCUUUUGGUGAAUAAAAA